CUUAUCCAAAAAAACCCCACCAUCGUUCAAAAGUUCAACCUUUUAUCAUCUAUCAUUUAAUUUACCAUCAACUACCCAUCUACAACAACCCAAGGCAUACAACGGAAUAAACCGCCAAUAUGUCGAUGGAUAUAGAUAUAGAUACCCCCAUCUCUAUAGCGCCACAGCAAGGGUUUGAUAAUGCACCCGUUACUGCUACCAUAUUCUGUUGCGACUGCGGCGCUCCCAUAGACGGCACGACGGCUAUCGACGCCAAGUGCUACGAUUGCUUCAAACUCACAAAAGAUAUCUCACAAGGCAUCCAGCGCGAAGCCACCCUACAUUUCUGCCGAGACUGCGACCGAUGGCUUCAACCACCUUCCAGCUGGGUAACAGCCCCACCCGAAUCCCGCGAACUCCUAGCCCUCUGCUUAAAGAAAUUAAGUCUUAACCGAACGAGGAUAAUCGACGCCAGCUUCAUAUGGACCGAACCGCACUCAAGACGAGUAAGGGUAAAGCUUGUAGUCCAGGCUGCCGUGGCAGAUGAUCGGGUUAUGCAGCAGGCCUUGGAGGUGGUGUACGUUGUCGCAUAUCAGCAAUGUCCAGAAUGCGCCAAGUCAUAUACGGCAAACGUAUGGAGAGCAAGCGUGCAAGUUCGUCAGAAAGUGCUUCACAAGCGAACAUUCCUCUACCUCGAACAACUUAUCCUAAAGCACGGCGCACAUCGCGAAACCAUCAACAUCAAAGAAGCUAAAGAUGGUAUCGAUUUCUUCUUCUCCGCGAGGAACCAGGCAGAAAAGUUCGUCGACUUCUUAAAUUCUGUCGUGCCCGUGCGGGUCAAGAAAUCCCAGGAACUCAUCUCCCAAGAUGUUCACACCUCUAAGAAAUCAUACAAAUUCACCUUCUCCGUCGAAUUAAUACCUAUCUGCAAAGACGACCUUGUAGCCUUACCUAUUCCACUCGCCAAACAGAUCGGCAACAUCUCCCCGCUUGCCAUAUGCUACCGGGUCGGCACCUCUAUCAACGUGCUCGAUCCCAACACACUCCAAACCGCAGACAUUAGUUCGCCUGUAUACUGGCGAACGCCCUUCCCUGCGCUAGCCGAUGCCCAGGAUCUCGUCGAGUUCAUCGUGAUGGACUGCGAGCCCAUCGGACCGACACGCGGGAAAUGGAUUCUAGCCGAGACGCAGUUGGCGCGCGCAUCGGACCUUGGCGUCAACGAUAAGACUUACUUCGCGCGCACGCACCUCGGCGGACUGUUGCACGCGGGAGACUCGGUGCUCGGAUACAUGCUAACGGGCACGAACUUCAACAACCCGCAGCUCGAGGCGCUCGAAGAGUCGCACGUGUACGCGUCGCGCAUCCCCGACGUGGUGGUUGUCAAGAAGCACUACCCGAACCGCCGGCGCAACCGCAAGCGCGUCUGGAAGGUCCGCCGCAUGGCCAAGGACGAGGGCGAGCUGCUACCCCGCAAGGCCGACCAGGAGCGCCAGGACCGCGAGUUCGAGCAGUUCCUACGGGAUAUUGAAGAGGAUGAAGAGUUCAGACAGGGCGUGCAGCUGUACAAGCAGCCGCCGAAGAAGAAGAGCGCCGACGAGAUGAGCGUAGCCACGACGGCGGACGACGACGGCGAGGACGACGACGCCCCGCAUGUCGAUAUGGACGAGCUGCUGGAGGACUUUGACGAACUUACGGUGGAGGAUCAUCAAUAGUUUAGGUAGUUUCUCGGUUUCGUACCAACAUAAAUGGGCAAUAUUUUAUUUUUCUUCGGUGUUAAUGGGCGAAGGAAAAGGAAAAUAGAUAGAUAUGAGUUGCCUAGGUCAGCUCGACGAAUGAACCCAAUGUCUACGAGCUUCUUUUUGUGGCUUCGGCUUCUUAAACUACCUACCUGCUACCUACUUGCUACCUUAGGUACUUGCAUACAAUAGGGGGCUUUAUCUCUUGCGUGGAAUUAGGCUAGGUUAGGUACCUACCUAGGUAGCUUCAAGUGAAAUAAAUACAUUAUCUGAAAA